GCACUUUUUAAAAGUGCAGCCCGGAGAAGGACUCGCAGCAGACAGCAUCUCUGUCCGACGCGUGGUCUGCCUGGCCCGGUCCGGUCUAGUCCCGCAUCCGUCCGCCCCAGUCCAGUCUAGCUUGCACCAUGCCGGUCAAAGGAGGCACCAAGUGCAUCAAAUACCUGCUCUUCGGAUUUAACUUCAUCUUCUGGCUUGCUGGGAUCGCAGUCCUUGCCAUUGGACUAUGGCUCCGAUUCGAUUCUCAGACCAAGAGCAUCUUCGAGCAAGAAAGUAAUAAUUCCAGCUUCUACACAGGAGUUUAUAUUCUGAUUGGAGCUGGGGCCCUCAUGAUGCUGGUGGGUUUCUUGGGCUGCUGUGGAGCCAUCCAAGAAUCCCAGUGCAUGCUGGGAUUGUUCUUUUGCUUCCUUUUGGUGAUAUUUGGCAUUGAAAUAGCUGCGGCCAUCUGGGGAUAUUCCCACAAAGAUGAGGUGAUUAAGGAAGUCCAGAAAUUUUACAAGGACACCUACGAAAAGCUGAAAGCAAAGGAAGAGCCCCAGCGGGAGACGCUAAAAGCCAUCCACUAUGCGUUGAACUGCUGUGGUUUGUACGGCGGUGCGGAACAAUUUAUUGUAGACAUUUGCCCCAAAAAGGAGCUAAUCGCAACCAUCACAAUACAGUCCUGCCCCGAUGCCAUCCAGGAGGUCUUCACCAACAAGUUCCACAUCAUUGGCGCGGUGGGCAUCGGGAUCGCUGUGGUGAUGAUUUUCGGCAUGAUCUUCAGCAUGAUCCUGUGCUGUGCCAUCCGCAGGAGCCGCGACAUGGUCUAGGGUCGCCCUUACCCCUGAGCAGGAACAUUUGCCCGCGCAGGCUUAUCUUUUGCCACUAACUUUAGUAUUCAUUCCGCAUUUCUAAACAAAAAGUUAUUCCAUGUUUGUCUUUGUAAUGCUUUAUUUGAUAUUGGCAUUUGUAGUUGAGGAAUUUGGGGAUUUGAUUUGCUUCAAUUUGUUUUUGUUUUGUUUUUUUACUGUCUGUUUUUGCUUGUUAUGUUAAGCAGAAAUCCUGCAAUGAAAGGUACUAUAUAUGCUAGACUCUAGACAAAAGAUAUUGUACAUAAAGAGAAUUUUUUUGGCAUUAAAUAGAUAAAAAUGUCUAUCUUGUUUGAUCAGGUUGUAACUUAUGUUGAAGACAAUUUGAUACAUAAUAAAAGAUUACGACAAUA